GUUUAGGCACUGUAUUCUACACUAGCUGGAGCUUCUGGAUGAUGCUUAACCUGUCCGCACAGACCACAUUGAAGCAAUCUUGUUUUUCCAUCACUAGUCUAUCAUGGUCCAGAUAGCUGGUGUACAGCAAUUUACAAUGCAGUUGUAACUAUGCCUACUCAGAAGUAAGUCCUAUUGAAUUCAAAGGAACUCCCAGUAAUUCUGUGAUGAUGAUACUUGCAGAAAAAUACAGCCAAGGAAAGAUAGGCCAGAAGGCUUUUUCCUAGAAUUACCAUUUUUCUAGUGGCAGAUAUUGAAGGGCAUAAGGGAACAAAUUAUCACUGUCAGAAGAAAACUUAUUUGGGGGCUCUGUAUUGCUGCAUUUUGGAAGACUGUAAGGAGCCUCUUGCAAAGCAGUAUUGAACCUGACAGGAUUGGAUUCCCUUCUACAUGGAAACGUCAAACAAGGGCCUGCCAAUGUGUUGCCGGAGUUAAUUGAAUUGUUAUAGAAAAUCAUCAUGGGAGGAGCUGUGAGUGCAGGAGAAGACAAUGAUGAUUUAAUUGAUAACUUGAAAGAAGCACAAUAUAUUCGUACUGACAGAGUGGAGCAAGCCUUCAGAGCUAUUGAUCGUGGUGACUACUACCUGGAAGGCUAUAGGGACAAUGCAUAUAAAGAUUUGGCUUGGAAGCAUGGAAAUAUACAUUUAUCAGCACCUUGCAUUUAUUCUGAAGUCAUGGAAGCUUUGAAACUUCAACCAGGAUUGUCUUUUCUUAAUCUGGGUAGUGGAACCGGCUAUUUAAGCACAAUGGUGGGAUUAAUAUUAGGCCCUUUUGGAAUAAAUCAUGGAAUAGAACUUCAUCCAGAUGUGGUGGAAUAUGCCAAGGAAAAACUGGAGAGCUUCAUAAAAUAUAGUGAUAGUUUUGAUAACUUGCAAACGCGGCAAACCUGGAAGUGUAUACUUCCGGGUUUCACCGCACACACAGAAGCGCUCGAUCGCUCCACACACAUGCGUGGAAGAGGCGCUCUAGUUGCCGACUUUUCAGGAUUUGAAUUUUGUGAACCUGCCUUCGUAGUUGGCAACUGCUUGCAAAUCUCAUCAGAUAGUCAUCAAUAUGACCGGAUUUACUGCGGAGCUGGUGUACAAAAAGACCAUGAGAACUACAUGAAAAUAUUAUUGAAAGUUGGAGGCAUUCUAGUUAUGCCUAUUGAAGAUCAGAUAUCAAAGGGCUUUUCUACGCUAACCCAAAUACAAAGAACUGGACAAAACACUUGGGAAAGCAAAAACAUCCUUGCUGUUUCAUUUGCUCCACUUGUGCAGCCAAGCAAGAGUGACAGCAGCAAAAAUGAUACUGUGGGACUUCCCCCCUGUGCUGUUAGGAAUCUACAGGACUUGGCUCGGAUCUACAUUAGGCGCACUCUUAGAAACUAUAUAAAUGAUGAGUUGCAAGCCAAGGGUAUUAUUCCAAAACCUCCACCCAAACGCAAACGCAGACGGUGCCGUAGGCGCAGGAUUAACACCUAUGUGUUUGUAGGCAAUCAGCUCAUUCCUCAGCCUCUAGAUAGUGAAGAAGAUGAAAAGAUGGAAGAAGACAACAAAGAAGAGGAUGAUAAAGAUCACAGUGAAGCCUUGAAGCCAGAAGAACCCCCAAUAAAUUUAUUGCGGGAAAGAAUUAUGAGUCUACCACUUCCUGAAUCUCUAAAAUCGUACUUGACAUACUAUAGAGAAAAAUAAUUUGUUUUAAGUAGAUGUGAUAAUGCCUACUUGAUAGAUCCAUUAAUCUUGAAAUGUAGCAUUUACUAAGAAAAACAUGGACAGAUUUCAGUAGUCUUUCAGUAAGACUAAAGUGCAGUGAUAAAAUGAAACAUAACUUGUCUUAACUUUGCUACAAGGACUUGCACUUAGCAGUAAACUCCUAUUUUCAAUUCAUUUUUGGUUACCUUUUGAAAAAUGCUCUUUUAACUCUGAUAGAAAUAUAUUCCAAAGCAGUAUACCGCACUAAUUAAGAGUUUGCAUGUGAUAAAUCUCUUUUCCGCUCUGACAAAUUUGUAUUUAUGAGAGUUGGUGAAAUUUUAUAUGUGUGAAUAAUUGAAUGACUACAUUCAGACAUCAAAUGAGAACUGCCUGCAUUAAUUCUCUGGAGAAAGUUUUUGAGCAUACGGGCAGUUCAUCUCAUGUUGAAUUGGAAAACUUUAUUUUUGCCAUGGCUGUAUCACAAUCAUCGUUACUGUGUUGAUGUGAAUGUAUUCCAAGGAAUACAUGAGUGCAAUAACUGUGUGCAGACACUGAAUGAGCUGGCUUUAAAAAAAUAUGAACAUUCAAGUUCAAAAAUGUCAGUAGGCCCUGCUACACUUUAUUUUAUAUAUUCUCUUGCCAAAAGAUCUCAAGAAAAGUGACUGCUUCUCUUUCAGAGCCUUAAAAAACUUUUGUUGACUAUGAAAAUUUUUAAAAAUAUAAUACAACCCUGUUUCUUUAACACCAGCCGAUGAUAGUCAACAAUUUCUCAGACUUUCCAGCAUUUAUGAAUAAGCAUUUAGUUUCUUUUUUAAAGUUCAUGGUACAGAAAGCAUAUUUCAUAUAUUAAAGAUUGUAAUUUAGGUUUCAACUAUUUACUACUUUAUAGAGUAGAAUAUGUAAAAAGAUUAGCUUGUAUUGCUUAUUUGCAUAGCUGUAAUAGUAGGAUUUUCUUUUUUAAGAAAAAAGGUUAAGCAGGUGCACUUUAAGUGGAAUCUGUACUUAUUUAUCUCUGAGAAGACAAGGCAUUCAGUUCCGACAUUUGCUUUUGAUACUCUUCCUUUUGGAAAUUAUUAGUAGCAUUGCAAGCUUGUAUGCUUACAUUGCUUGACUAUAUUCCAUCUGCCAGCCCCCUGCUUCACUGGUUUAUUUAAUGGCAUUGCUUGAAGGGGUUGGUUUUUUUAUUUUAUUUUUGCAUGAUGGACUAUGUAAUUUUCACUAGCUUUAUAAUUUAGUGUAAAAUAUCAAUGAAAUAAAAUGGAGCUCAAGAUAUGCUGUAAAAACUGCUGCUGUUAUGGACACCUGAUUUGUUUGGGCCCAAUCAAAAGCAUUCCUUAGGGAUUAUUUACUAUCUAGUUAUAUCAUAAAACUAAAAAAUUAAAAUUCUUAAGAUAAAAUCAGGAUUUAUGGUGAGCAUUUUACAUAUUCUCAGAGCCUGAUAGUUUGUAGAUGGAAACCAGUUAAACAACACCUGAUCUAGCAGUCAUGGUUUGUAGCAUCCACUUCACAAUAUAAAUAAUAACUUAAUCUGUCACUAUGAAAUACAUAUUUUUACUUAACAGGUUGGAUUUCAUGCUUUAAUUUGCCAACUAUUCCCCCCCCCCCAUAUUCACAAUACUGAAAAUUCAGCUCCAUAAAAAAAUCCUUCUGGUUUAACUAGCUUGAUGAGUUGUUUGCAGAAAAUGUACACUAAUGAGUAAAUAUACUCAUUGCUGGAAAUAAGUAUGCCAGCCUUAUUUCACAGCAAUAAAACUUAUUUCCUAUUAUAGUAAAACUACUGCAGUAGUUCUGAUGGUUUAUCUGUGGGGAGCAUUGACUAUAGCACAUCUUAUUUUAUUUUAUUAGAAGAAAUGAAGUUUUAGGCAUUCUGAAAUUCAAGUUGUACCUUGUAUUGGAAUUUCAUCCUUUUUGGAAUUUCUUCAUACAUUUUUUCAGUUUUCACAGAGUAAAAUAUUAAAUAAUUUACAAGGAGAGACCUUUAGUCAGGAGGCUUUUGAAGAAUGACUUUGUGUGUUUUUCCAUUCUGUUGUACUCUUGUUCAGAUAGAUAAUAGAGUAGUUAUGAAUAUGCAUUAUGUAAUUUUUGGAGUCACAGAAGCAAUGUUUCUUUUGUGUUCGUGGGUUUUUUCACAUUCUUUGAUUUAUAUUUACUUUUAAAAGUAUAAAAAUGCAAAAUGAAUCGAAAUUAAACUUUUGUCAUAAUUACAAUAAAAUGUCUGGUGAUUUUGUGCUGAUUAAAACUCAAUUAUUGUU